AUGUCUGAUCCUAGUGUUCGUCUACGCACGGCCAUUAAGGAGAACAAUUACUUUAUAGCCUCCAGACUAUUGAAACGAUAUCCCAAUUUGUUGGAUAAUAUUGACCCCGAAAAUGGGUGGUCCAAUCUCCAUUAUGCUGCGUAUCAUAAUGAUUAUCAAAUCACUGAGACUAUCCUAAAGGCUAUCUACACUCGGUUUAUGUCUUCUGGUGGUGGAGAGAUGGAUCGAAACUCAUCCCAACGUUUGAAAAAGCCAGACAGUUCGGUGUACACCCAAAUAACAGAUGAAGAUGAAAUCAAAUUAACCUUUCAGAAGGAGACAGUCCUACACGUUGCAUGCCAGGGCAACUCUCCUGCAACGUUGCAUCUACUUCUCAGUUACUUCAAUGUUUGUUUGGACCAACGUGAUAUGAAUGGAUACACCCCCUCUCACAUCUGCUGUAUAAAUGGUCAUCCAGAGUGUUUAGCAAUACUACUCAAUCAAGGGGCGUAUCCUAAUAUACAAGACAAUGUCGGCGAUACACCACUCCACAAGGCAUUCCAAUAUUCGCACAUGAAAUGCAUCAAGUUGCUAAUCAAAUAUAAUGCGGAUGACCAGCUAUUUAAUAAUUUAGGAUGGAAACCAGUUGAUGUUGCCUUUGAUACUGACAUAAUAAAAAGGUAUAACUCCUUGAAGGAAGAUAAGUCAUUUACAGUAGAACUGGAUACGCAGAGUAUAACAAAAAUACCCGAAUCAAAAUACGGACCUCAUAAAACUCCUCAAACUAGUAGCCACGGAUCGUUUGUUUCAACUUACAAUUCUGGUGGAAUGCUCAAUGAUCCACAGCCUAGAUUCAACUUACCAUCCAUUCAGCCUAGGAAAUUCUCCUUAUCAUCAAUGAUCUCAGAUGAAUAUGAAGAUCUUGAUAGUGUAUAUGAUUUGAGAUCUAGCGGGUCAUCAAAAAACUCAAGAAACUCAUCUCCUUCAAUGUCAUCUACUAACGUGAAUAAUUCUUCAUUGUUUGCUCUACGGAAACCGCCACCUCCAGUUUUGCCGGAGUUGAGACAAUCGCCAACACAGCUAUACUUCAGUCAACGCUCAAACUCAAUGUCAAACACAACUUCCCCACGAAAGCCUUUGAACAAUGGUGGGCAUAGUAUAUCAGUGGACUCUACACCCGCAUCCAAGAGGUCUUCCUUGUCAACAAGGACAUUUCGGUCGAGUUCUCAGUUGUCUGAUUUUUCUCCUGUGAAGUCUGAAAUGUCUCAGAUAGACGAACAAAAUUCAGGUGCCUCUAGUAUUGAGUCAAACGCACCAACUCCAAAGCAUAGUAAGCAACCAAGUCACAAAUCUUCAAUAAAUACCCCAUACCCACUUUCUUUACAAGUUGAGGAAGCUUCUUCUAAACUUCAAGACUUCAAGUUGAAAAAUAAGGAUCGCUUAAAAUUAGAUACUAAGUUAGGUAACAUCAUCAACAACUCCUCCCAGGAUAAUUUGAUAUCACCAACAAGCUUUCAUUUCAACGGUGUGAGCUCUUCACUUUUCGACAAUAAUGAUGUAAAAAAUCAGUCUGUUGACAAACGAAGUAAAGUAUUAAGUAUACCCAUAUUAAGUUCGAGAGCUAAGCAUAAUCCCUAG